AUGUAUCUUCUGCUGCUUCAGCUGUUGGUGAUCUCAGGUCUGGGAGAGUCUAGGCAAGAAAUGCUACAAGACCGGAAGAAGAGAAGUCCGCAUCCUUCUCAUGCUUCGAGUGAUCGGGGUCUUGUAGCACUAUCAACAGAUGUUUCAGAGGAGGCCCAAGAAAAGCCAGAUUUGUUUGUAGCCAUACCCCACGUUAUAGACCCUGAGCUGACCGAGGCUCCCAGAGAGCAAAGAGAGAUGUUAUUCAGGUUCAUGUAUACUUCUGAGAAACAGAAGCCAGAAAGGCAUCUGGAAAUAAGGGAUCCUGCUAGGGAAGCCUUCAAACCUAGGACUCCAGCAAAUGCUGAGCCUGACGGCAGAGAAAUCGAGAAAUCCCAUCUCCAAGAAGAAGCACAAAAAUUCUGGCACUACUUCUUGUUCAGAAAGAGCUCAGCUUCACAGGAGGUCAUCUUGCCCAUCAAAAGCAAUGAAGUGUACCAGGAGACCUGUAGAACAGUGCCCUUCUCCCAGACAAUACUACAUGAUGACUGUGAAAAAGUAGUCAUUCAAAACAACUUAUGCUUCGGGAAAUGUCGGUCUCAUCGUCUUUCUGAGGCUACGGCUCAUCAUCAUGCCUUCUGCUCCCAUUGUUCACCUACCAAAUUCACCACAAAAGAAUUAUUGUUGAACUGCCCUGGACUCAACCCUGUGAUCAAGGUGGUGAUGAUUGUGGAGGAAUGUCAGUGUAAAGUCAAGCAAGAUCAAGACGAGGAUCAUCUUCAUUUUGACUCUCAUGCAUAA